UCAAGCAUGGUGUUUCAUCAAUCAAAAGUCAUACACAAGUGAAUGAUUAUAAGUGAAUGAAAAGUUUUCCGUGAACACUUUUGAAGCCGGUAAAUUGAAAUUUGACAUUGAAAUAAUUUAAAGAGCAAUAAAUUGGCCAUAAAAAUGAGUUUAACCAUUGAUCAACAACGCCAAAGAGUGGAACAAGAAAUGACCCGGAUGGUCGACGAUUUGGAUCGUUCCACAUUACGAAAAAUGCAGGCUGAAAUGCAUUUAUGUGCGGCUAAAUGUUGUGAAGAUAAAAAUGGUAGCAUUGACUCAGUACAAGGAUGCAUUGAACGAUGUUCGGCACCAGUGAAUCGGGCACAACAAUACGUACAAAAAGAAUUAGGUGAUUAUCAAGGACGACUACAGCGCUGCGUCAUGCAAUGCAAUGAUGACAUCAAAUUAGAAAUGCCACCAAAUCCAAAUGAAGAUGAAAUCUCCAAAUAUACAAACAAAUUUGAACGAUGCGCCGUUCAAUGUGUGGACAAAAAUAUCGAAUUACUACCAAAACUAUUCAAAACAAUUAAAACGGUUUUAGCCAAAGGACCACCGCAAACACAAGAAUACUAGAAAAAAAAGACUACAUUCAUUGUCCAUUACAAUUUAGAAUUGAGGCAAAUACUGUAUAACAAAUAGAAUUUAAAUUGAUAGAUGCUUUAUAAAUACAUUUUCAGAUGUAUGACACUGUUUACAAAAUAAAAAUGAACAAUAUACUUAA